AUGAGGGGAAUUCGCCCUACAGAGCUCCCAGAGGACUUCUGGAUUCCCAUCCCUCUGGAAACAAACAACAUCACAGCUCUCAGCCCGUACCUGGUUCCCCAGGAUCACUUAGGGAGCCUAGGGAUAUUUUAUUCUAUGUCAGCGUUUAUGUUCUUCCUGUUUGUGGCCGGUACAGGCAUCAAUAUCCUCACUAUCGCAUGUACUGUUCAAUAUAAGAAGCUGCGGUCUCAUCUGAACUACAUCCUGAUGAACUUGGCUGUGGCAAACCUCCUCGUCAGCUCUGUGGGCUCCUUCACCUGCUUCUACUGCUUUGCCUUCAGAUACAUGAUUCUUGGUCCGCUGGGGUGCAAGAUUGAAGGAUUUACAGCAACUGUUGGUGGUAUGGUAAGCCUGUGGUCUCUGGCUGUGGUGGCAUUUGAGAGAUGGCUUGUUGUCUGCAAGCCACUCGGGAACUUCGCCUUCAAGCCUAACCAUGCUAUAGCUUGCUGUGCACUGACUUGGGUCUUUGCUCUGAUUGCUGCAGUUCCUCCUCUGGUUGGAUGGAGUAGGUACAUCCCAGAGGGCAUGCAGUGCUCCUGUGGACCGGACUGGUACACGACUAACAAUAAGUACAACAAUGAGUCCUAUGUGAUGUUCCUCUUCUGCUUCUGCUUUUCUGUCCCUUUCUUCACCAUCGUUUUCUGCUACUCACAGCUGCUUUUCAUGCUGAAAGCGGCAGCGAAGGCCCAGGCUGAGUCUGCCUCCACCCAGAAGGCAGAGCGGGAGGUGACCAGGAUGGUGAUCGUCAUGGUGCUGGGCUUCCUGGUGUGCUAUCUGCCUUACGCCUCCUUUGCUCUUUGGGUUGUUAACAAUCGUGGGCAGCCUUUUGACCUGAGACUGGCGACUAUACCCUCCUGUCUGUCUAAAGCCUCCACGGUCUACAAUCCUAUAAUCUACAUCUUCCUCAAUAAACAGUUCCGUCAAUGUAUACAGAAGAUGCUGGGGAUGAGUGGAGGAGACGAUGAGGAAUCAUCAACAAGUUCCUCUGUCACUGAAGUCUCUAAAGUUGGACCGGCCUAACUUGCUCACGGCUCAUUUUGAUGACUUACACAUUGUAAAUAGCACUGAAUGAACAAAUAUGACAAAUGAGAUUAUAUUACUGUUACAGAU